CUGGAACAACUCAGACCAAAACAUCUGGCCUGGACGCUGACUCAGACCCACUGACCAAGGAAAAGGCUGGCUUCCCAGAAGCUUCUGCAUGCCCUCCAGAAAAAGGCCCCACUCUGAAUGAGGAGCCCCCAGGGCCUGAGCCCAGGUUUGGGGCUCUGAGCAUGGAGAUCUUCCAUUCCAGGAUAGCAUGCCUACCAGGAGGUCGGGACAGGGCAGGGCGGCCCCUGCUUCUGGUGUCAACCACCAAGGGGCCCUGGGAGGCACCAUGGUGCACGGCCUCAGAGGUCACCAAGCUGUUCUCCUACCUGUGCACCAUCCCCAGGCCUGAAGAUAAAACCAAGGGGCUGGCGGUCGUGAUUGAUGCCAGGAAACAGCCCCCACAUCCUGGUCUGGUCAGUGCCUUGCAGGCCACCCAGGCUCUGGUCCCAACCUCCAUCCGUGCUAUGCUCUUCCUGGGGGAGCAGGAGGCCGCUCUCCAGCUGGAGGCAUUAUCUGACUUCCAGGUAGAGGUGCUGACCUCACUGAAGGCCCUCAGCCACCACGUGGACCCCAGCCAGCUGCCCAUGGCCCUGGAGGGCCCCUUCCCCUACUGCCACGGUGAAUGGGUGCAAUUCUUCCAGAAGCUGGACCCUUUCCUUGCUGACCUCCGCCAGGCCUCCUCGCUGCUAAAGGCUUCCAUCAAGGAGUUUGAGAAGGGUGACCCCCCUGGAGGGGUGCAGGAGGCCUCCAGGUGUCUGAGCAAGUCCAAGGAGCUGAUGGAGGCUGUGCUGAGGGACCCAGGCCUGUUGGGCCUCCAGCGGGAAGGCGGAGCCACCCUGGCCAGGCUGCGACAGGAAGGCAGCAGGCUGAACUUCAACCCGGACGUCAGGAGCCAUCUGGCCGAAGCUGCUGCCCUGUACGGUCUCGUGGAUGAACAGCUGCAUGUCCUCGUCACUGUGUCCAACCACCUCCUGAGGAGGCUGGAGCUCCGCGUCCGCCUGGGCCGCCUGGAAGCUGCCAUCCACCAGGUCAGCAACUGGAUGGAGCAGGAAGGAAGCCAGUGCCUGCAAGUGCUGACCCCCAAGGACGGAAGCUUGGAGACAGUGGAGAAAGCCCACGCAGAGUUUGAGGACUUCUUCCUUCAGGCUGCGGCCCAGUACCGCCGUGGCCUGGAGCUGUGCAAGCAGGCGGCCCGGCUGGGAGCUGCAGCCAGGGCCAGGGAGGCGGGAGGAACAGAGCUCCCGGAGCUGGCAGGCUUCACCUUCACCCAGCGGGCCUUCCAAGCUAAGCUGACCCACUUCUACAUGGCAGCCGAGCGGCAACGCACAGACCUGGAGACACUGCUCCACCUCCACCACUUCUGCAAGAAGAUGACCUGGUUCCACAUGGACUGCCAGGACCUGAUGGCCCAGCUCAGGCUGGACAAGGCCCAAAGGGCCAGCCCUGGGGACCAGCGCCGCCUCCACCGCUACCUGCAGCGCCUGGCGUCCGAGUUCCCUGCUGAGAAGCUCACAGCCAUGCGGCUGCAGGUGGCCUCUCUGAGCUGGGAGGGCCUGGGCCAGGACCUGUGGGAGGAGGCCCGGGAGAGGCACGAGGAGAUCCAGACCCUCCUGAAGAAGGCACUGGCCCACUGUCCACACCCGGCAGGUCUCCCUUCCCACCCGGCGGGCCGGGAACUCAGAGGGGCGGCCGCCAAGGGCCAGGGCCUGAAUGGAGAAGUCACUUACAGGGGAAGAUGGGACCUGCCCCUCCAGGACUCACUGGGUCUGGAUCGUUUGCCAAAAUCCUGUUGG